AUGAGAAGCGUCGAGAAGAACAAGAAGAAGAAUGUGGAUAACCACAGCGGUGUUUUAUUGAAAUCAGUUCCAAACACACGCCCGACCCUCGUACAACCCAAAAAACCCAAGCCUCAAAAAAUCAAGGGUACAUGUCAAAAAACCACACCAAUUGCCACUUCAUCGUUCAACGUCCCGUAUAGGACUCCGUCGCCAACGAUGAAGCCGAUGUGCGAUGUGCUCGCGCUUGUGCACACCGUCCACAACGGCCGGCACUGGUAG